GCGCCUGCUUCUCUUCGCCCGUCGGAGCUGGAAAUGCCGCUAUUGGGAGGUUUGGAGGCUGCGGCGCUGGAGGUGGAGGCGGCUGGGAAAGUCCGAGCGAUGUGACCGGGCAGCCGUCGCUCGCCUCUUCCUCUGUCCUGCCGCCUCCCGUCUCGAAAAUAACUUUCUGACGAUAAAGAAAAGAGAAAAAAAGUAGCCGUCCGCCCCUCACGCCCUCUCUCUUUCUCAGCCCUCUGCGGGAGCCCGGGGUGGCCGCUCCGCCGUCGGGGCCGCGCCGCCGAGCCCCGGCCGCCCCGGGCCGCCCCCGCCCGCCGCCCCCAUGCAUCCCUUCUACAGUCGGGCCGCCACCAUGAUAGGCGAGAUCGCCGCCGCCGUGUCCUUCAUCUCCAAGUUCCUCCGCACCAAGGGGCUCACGAGCGAGCGACAGCUGCAGACCUUCAGCCAGAGCCUGCAGGAGCUGCUGGCAGAACAUUACAAACAUCACUGGUUUCCAGAAAAGCCAUGCAAGGGAUCAGGUUACCGUUGUAUUCGCAUCAACCAUAAAAUGGAUCCUCUGAUUGGACAGGCAGCACAGCGGAUUGGACUGAGCAGUCAGGAGCUGUUCAGGCUUCUCCCAAGUGAACUCACACUCUGGGUUGACCCCUACGAAGUGUCCUAUAGAAUCGGAGAAGAUGGCUCCAUCUGUGUGCUGUACGAAGCUUCACCAGCAGGAGGUAGCACUCAAAACAGCAGCAACGUGCAAAUGGUAGACAGCAGAAUCAGCUGUAAGGAGGAACUUCUCUUGGGCAGAACAAGCCCUUCCAAAAACUACAAUAUGAUGACUGUAUCAGGUUAAGAUAUAGUCUAUGGAUGGAUCAUCUUAUAAUGGAUGGAUAAAUUUGAUUUUUGCUUUGGGUGGGCUCCUCUUGGGGAUGGAUUAUGGAAUUUAAACCAUGUCACAGCUGUGAAGAUCUGGCACAAGAUAGAAUGGUAAAAAAAUUUUUUAAGUGACAGUGCCAUAGUUUGGACAGUACUUUUCAAUGAUUUAAUAGCCUGUGAGUCCAAGUAAAUGAUCACUUUAAUUGCUAGGGAGUGAAGUCCUAGGAUGGUUUCAGUUUCUCCCAGACGUUAUACCUAAAUUUUUACAUCAAUCCCUUGAUCGCAAAUCUGUAUUUCAAAGAACCUUUCUCUGCAGUAGAUCUUGCGGAGGAAAUUUGCACUAUUACACUUGAAAAUUGUUAACCUUUUUGGCAGCUCAAUAGGAAAGCUCAACA